AUGCCCAGCGUGGCACAUCCAGCAAUGGUUCAUCCCAAGACCGUCCCAGAAACUGGUGAAAAGGUGGGCCUGCGUGUGAGCAAAGUGAUCACCAAGAAGUUCAGCCAUCAAGAUACCAGAGCAGUCCUACGCCAAGACUUUAAAAAGGCAGCGCUGAGCUGCGAACCUUGCUCAUUCAUCUUACUCACCUUGCUCAUUCAUCUUACUCCUGUGGGAGAAUUCCUUCUGCUGUCGCUCCUGACAAAUUCAAAGUCUGGUCUGUUUGAUUUCUCUGGUAAUCAGUUUUCAGGUUCUGAUUGUCAGGCUGCGGCGCGGGGCGGGAGGGGGGCGAGGCACGGCCCGCGGCGAGGCGGGAAUCUGCCCCGCCCCGCCCCCGCACCCCACCCCCCGCCCGGGGCCCGGGCCGGGAGCGGGAGCGACCCUGCGUCUGCGGCGCACUGUUUGGGUCAGCCACCGGCCCCGGGCCCGUUCGGGACCCAGACGCUGAGCGCAGCCUCCAGCCGGGGCGUUUCAGCGGCGGGGGGUACAACCGAGGCGGCGUUUCCGGGGUUCGGAGGGCACUGCUUGACGCGGCUAUUUGGUUUUUCUAGUUUUCAACUACCGAAGAAGGUGCUUGGGUAUCAGAGACAUGAUUACGCACGGUUCCUCACCGCCACGAGCGCAGCGAGAAAGCCUUCUCCCAUCCGAGUCGUGACUGAGACUUGGAACAGGGCAACCAAAAUCAGUCAUCUCUUGGCUUCUGGAUCACCAAACCCCAACACGUUCCCUUUUACGACUGCUGUUAUCACCACAAAAAGAAAGCCCAUCCAAUUUGAUGAAGAGAUGAUGAAGAGAGCACUUCAGUAUUCUCAAAGUGCCGGAAUCCCAGAGCUGUUGUCCUGGCUAAAACAGUUACAAGUAAAAUUGCACAAUCCUCCCACCAUCAAUUAUCCAGCCAGCCAAGGACAGAUGGACAUAUGCAUAACAUCUGGCAGCCAAGACGGUCUUUGCAAGGUGUUUGAAAUGAUGGUUAAUCCUGGAGAUAAUGUCCUCCUAAAUGAACCUGUUUAUUCAGGAACACUUCAAGCUCUGAAGCCAUUGGGCUGCAACAUUAUUACUGUUGCCAGUGAUGAAUAUGGGAUUAUUCCGAACUCCCUCAAAGAAGUACUUUCCAAAUGGAAACCAGAAAACUCAAAGAACCCCAAGAAAAACACCCCCAAGUUUCUUUACACUGUCCCAAAUGGCAACAACCCUACUGGAACCUCAUUAACAAGUAACCGCAAGGAGGAAAUCUAUGAGCUUGCAAGAAAAUAUGAUUUCCUCAUCAUAGAAGAUGAUCCUUACUAUUUUCUCCAGUUUAGCAAGUCCUGGGCACCAACGUUUCUUUCCAUGGACAUUGAUGGGCGUGUCAUCAGAGCUGACUCUUUUUCAAAAAUCCUCUCUUCAGGGUUGAGAAUAGGGUUUUUAACCGGUCCGAAACCCUUGAUAGAGAGAGUUGUCUUACACACACAAGUUUCAACCGUGCACUCCAGCACUUUUACACAGCUUCUGAUAUCACAGCUUCUACACCAAUGGGGAGAAGAGGGCUUCCUGGCUCAUGUAGAGAGGGUUACUGAUUUCUAUAGAAACCAGAAGGAUGCAUUACUGGCAGCUGCAGACAAAUGGCUAAGUGGUUUGGCAGAAUGGCAUGUUCCUACUGCUGGAAUGUUUUUAUGGGUUAAAAUUAAAGGCAUUUCUGAUGUAAAACAACUGAUUGAAGAAAAAGCCGUUAAGAAAGAGAUAUUGAUGCUUCCCGGAAGUGUCUUCUACAUUGAUAGCUCAGCUCCCAGCCCCUACUUUAGAGCGUCCUUCUCUUCAGCUUCUCCAGAACAGAUGGAUAUAGCUUUCCAGAGAUUAGCCCAGCUUAUUAAAGAAUCUUUAUGAAGAAAUCAAACUCUUUAUGAAGAAAUCAAAAUCUUCCAUGGGUUUUUCACAUAAAUCAUUUUUAGCUUUUAGCAGGAAGAAAUGAUCAUUGGCAUUAGACUUACAGAUUGGAUUUCAACAAGCAUGUCAUAUCUGCAGUAAUUUAACUAGACAACUUUUAAAGUGCCCUUAAAUUCAUCAGAUUGACAAAAUAUAUUUAUAAUUCACUUAUACCUUUUGAUAAAUUUUUACCCUGCAAAAAUUAUUUUUAUCCUGGAUUUUAUUGUAAGGAACUCCAGUUGCUUUAUGGUUUCCCAUAAAUUUUCCUUGAAGCUAACAUCUUACAAUAAAUUAUUUUGAAAAUGUAAGAAAAUAAAUUCAAAAUGAUAUAUAAUGUGAACUUUUUCUAUUUUUAGGAAAAUUUAAUGAAAGCUUAUUGCAAAAAUUGUUCGAAUUUGACUAUUAUAAAUGAUUUUCAGUAAGAGUACCACAGACAUUGUGUUGUACUACAGAAAUCCGUUUAAAAUAAAAUUCUGAAACUAAGCACA